AGUGUAUAACCACGUGUGUCGUUGCCACGUGAGAUUUAUUUUAUUUACCGUUUGACACAAAUAAGUACUUUACUGUGCCACAUUAAUUCUGGACAAAACUUUGGUACAAAAAUCUAAUUUCUCUCUCCCAUUUGAUGCAAAUUUUUUAACUUUCUCUGCAACAAGGUGCUGUUUUUUGUACUGCAAAAAGUGUUUUCCACUGAGAGUAGAUUGGAUUAAGAUUCAAAGAUGAAGCGAACAGCUGAAGCUUUAGAUGUUGGUAACAUCAAAGCAGAUAGUAAUGAUGCAGAAAAACCAAAAAAGAAGAAAGUUAAAUUCGAGAAGUCUUUGGAAAAUAAAUCAGGUAAAGAUACAAAGACACUUUUUACAAAGAAAACUUCAAAAGAAAAACUUUCAAAACCUAACGUACCCACGAAAGUAGAUUGGGUCAAAUUGAAAAAAGAGAAAAAAGAACUCAGAGAAAAACGUAGAACUGGAAAAUUGAAUGACAUAGCAUAUGACAAAUUGAUGGACGCAAAACGAAUUUAUGAAAAUUUGCGUAGAUCGAAGUGCGAUCAGCACGAACGUGUAAAGUUGAUUCAGUCCUUGCAUAACAUAUUGGAAGGUCAUUACAACAAAGUGACAUUCACGCACGAUAUGUCGAGAGUGGUUCAGUGUGUGAUCAGAUACUGCGAUGCGAACAUCCGGCUCGCUAUAUUUCAAGAAUUAAAACCGUCCGUUGUUCUGAUGUUACAAUCAAAGUACGCGAAGAAUUGUGUAAAGUCUUUCUUAAAGCGCGGCUCGAAAGAGAUCAAACAAGAUAUUAUUUCCGCGCUUUAUGGUAAUAUCUUCAAAUUGAUGUGCCAUUACGUAUCGGCUCCUCUUAUUGAACUCUUGUACACCACGUAUUGCACAAAGGAUGACAAGACACGUUUCAGGCAGGACUUUUACGGCGGGAGUUACAAAUCGCUAUCGGAUGCGUGCGAGAACGCAAAGGAUAUAAAGUCCGCCAUAUUACUUCCCGUAAAGGCAAAACUAGUCAAAAUUCUGAACAAAUAUCUCAUUAACUCUACUCUGUUACACACGAUCUUGGAAGAAUUCUUCGACGUAUGUUCAUCGAAAGAUAAAAGCGAGUUAAUAACUAUGUUGCGAUCUUACAUCGUGACGCUGUCCCAGACGAAGAUGGGAACGGCGGUCGCUGCGCAGUGUAUAUGGCACGGUAACAACAAGGAUAGAAAGGUCAUCAUAAAAUCUCUGAAAACAAACGUGAGAACAUUUUGUACGCUCAAACACGGCUUCGUGACGUUACUUACGGUCUUCGAUUCCGUGGAUGACACCGUUCUGUUGAAAAAGAUAAUAUUGCCCGAGAUACAAGAGAACUUGAUCGAGAUCGCGCUAAAUGAGUACGGAAGACACGUUAUAUUGUAUCUUGUGGCUAGAAGGAACUCCUGUUAUUUUCCACCAAGUAUUAUAGACUUUUUACGUCAGGGUGAUAACAACGUUGUGAGCAAGAAAUCGGCCGACAUCAGGGAAAAAGAACUUCUCGACGAGAUCCGAGAUCCGUUUCUUGAUGCCGUAACAACGGACGCGGCAACGUGGUUGUCCAACGGUGCCAUAGCUAUGGUAACUUUGGCGAUAUUAAAAAUCGGAUCUGGAGAGAAGUUGAAGUCCGCAUUUGAAGCAAUUGCCGAAGUUAUCUGCGAUACAGACGCGAAGAUUACAGAAGGCGAGAGCGAAUGCAGUCUGAUCGAACAUCCCGGAUUGCACAUGAUGCUGAAGAAACUUAUUAAGUAUGACAAAGAAUUACUGAAAAGCAAUGAGAUCACGUUCGGGGAAGUAUUGCUGCCGCACUUAACUUCUGAUGUUGUACAAACAUGGGUAAAAAUUAACAGAGCUUCUUUCCUGUUGGUACUUCUUUUGGAAAACGAAUCUGAGAGUGUUGUGGACACGUUAAAGUCUCGAUUGCAAUCAAUGAAAAACAAUUUUGAAAAUGUCGAAGAAACGUCAAAGAAUAGUGGCAAAUCGAUAUUGUUGAAAAAACUGGGAGUAGGACAAAAAUAAUUGGAUUACAUUUUAUGUAAAAAAAAAAAUCAAAUAAUAAAUUGCGGUAAAAUUA